CUAUAAGACACUUGCGGAUCUCAGCGUGCUACUAUAUACUGCUUCACAAAUCGGUACAGCAUGACCGCUCUUGCAGCACCCGCAGUAUUUAUUACAGUCAUCACUGCAUGCUAUGCUCAGUUCGCUGGGCACACAACAGUGGAACCUUGCAACGGCGGCCAGUUUCGGUGCAACGACGGCCAGUGCAUCCCAUCCUCCUGGGUGUGCGACGAGGCCAUCGACUGCGAGCACGGCGAAGAUGAACAUCAAAAUGAAACCUGUGCGACAUCGACCUGUUCAACCUUCGAUGCCUGCAGUACACUACGUGCUCUCAACGCAUCUCUGCGAACACUACGCAGCCACAGCGGAAACCCCUCCGCUCGUGUAGGUGUUCUCGUGGGCUUUUCAUUAGACGACUUAGCGGCGUAUGAGACGGGAUACUUUUGCGACGUCGUUCCUGUCCUAGAAUUUGAGAUUUCGAUUUCCAACGCUUGGCUCUAUGUGCAGCUGGACGAACAGAAAUAUCUGUAUGCCGACUACGUUCAGCUCAGCGGGAGAGUCGUUAAUGACAGAUACUGCGAUUCCUCUUGUACCUGUAAAUGCAGUUUCGCUGCUGCGUAUGUGACGGUUGGAAAGUACCAUGUGGACAGUACUGACCUUCCAGAUCAUUAUGAAACGGCGGCUUUCACGAUGCUGGCGAAUAGGAUUGAAGACUACCUGCGCAAAUCAUCCGAAUAAGUGAAGGAUUAAGGCUGCAUGAUAACACUCGCGUAAAAUCGGACUGGGGCAUCUUACUCCUAGGUAUAACCAACCAUAAAAAUAACACUGUAAUAAAUUAUAAAGAGAGACAGAGAAAUAUGGAGCACGCCAGAUGCGAAGAUAUACGUAAUUCAAAGUGCAUAAUCACUGUGCCAUAUUGGAAAGUGCUGUGAACCAUUUGGAAGCACGACUAUCUUGCCGCUGUAUGGCUGUGAUCGGACGCAGUGCAGGUAUAGGCGACCACAGACGUUUCACCAUCAGAUCUGCAAGUGCAGUGAGACAAAUACUCAGGAGAAGCUGGGUGUUGCAGCAUUAAUCGACGUGUUGAAGGGUAGUAAAUGUGGAAUUUCAUUAUCUAUCGUGGCGUGAUAUGCCGCGCCGUGUUUUCUAACUGUUCCUUUCGAAAUACAACUGAUAAGCUGCUCUUAGUAACCUGAAAGUGUGUUUAAUAUUACCGUAUUGAACUUGAAUAAAAAGUAUUGGAAAUGAAAACGU